AUGGAAACAGAUGAUAUUCAUCUGGUAUGUUCUCAAGUAGUAAAGGUAUGCCUGGCACUGGCCGGCUUGGCGAUGGCCGCCGACGAGGCCACCCCCGACGCCGCCCCGGUCGACACCGCCGCCGCGCCGUCGGCGAGCGUCGCGGCCGCGAGCGACGCCGGCAAGGACGCCGAGACCCUGGAGGUGGCCGAGUCGUCCAACAACAACACCGCGGCCGCGGACGAGGACGGCGGCCCGGAGCGCUCCAACACGAAGCGGACCAUCGACCACAACCUGGGCUACGGCUACCGCUACAACACGGUGCUGCGGCCCGUCAUGCCCCCCAUGGGCCACAUGCACAUGGGCCACCACCACUACCUGCAGCAGCAGCGCCGCCCCUCCGCGCUGCCCAUGUACAAGCAGCGCUUCCCGCACCACUACUUCCCCAGCAGCGCCGCCAGCGCCGCCAGCACCGGCAGCAGCGCGCCCUUCCGCUUCUCGCAGCCCCUGCCGUCGCCGCCGCAGCGCGAGGAGAUGCAGCAGGACACCAUGACCGCCACCAGGCCCGUGACGGAGGCGCCGUCCGGGCACGGCGACGUGCUCAGCCUGUACCGCACCCUGCCGCAGCAGAUGCCCCAGCCCCAGCAGCCUGAACAGCAGCCCUUCGCCUUCGAGGACGACGUCAAGGCCAAGCCCGAGGUGGAGCAGAGCGAGCAGACCGCCGGCGACUCGGCGCAGCCCGUGCAGUACGCCGACGAGGCCCCGCACUCGUACCAGCAGGUGCUGCAGCCCGAGCCCACGUACUACCUGACCACCGCGGCCACCGCCCCCGCCACGGCGCCCGCCAUGUACAGCCCGUCGCUCGCGGCCAUGUACGGCGGCAGCCAGCACGCCCUCGGACACAUGAGCCCGCUCGCCCACGCCAUCGGCCAGCCCGCCGUCAUGUACGCCACCACGCCCGGCGCGCACGGCGCCGCCACGCAGAUGAUCCCCGUCAUCAUCGUGCGCCUCAUGGACACGCAGCACGCCGCCACCACACUGGCGCCCACCGCCACGCUCGGCCACGCCAUGAGCCCCAUGGCCCACGCCACCAUGCCGUACCCGCUCGUCAACAUGCAGUACCUCCGCGACUACCUCACCAAGCUGUACUCACCGGCCGCCGCCGCGGCAGCGCCCCCGCAGUACGUGUCGGCCGCCGCGGACCCCGAAGCCAUCAUGUACUCCAGCCCGCUCUACAGCUCGACGCAGUUGCAGAAGCUCCAGCUGCAGCAGCAGCUUCACGCCCAGCUGCAGAAACAGCUCCAGGCUCAGGUGCAGCAGCAACAGCAGCAACAACAGCAACAGCAGCGGUCGUCGUCCGUCGCAGCCAUCUUACAGGAGCAGCACAGGCAGCGGGUGGCCGCCGCCCAGCAGCAGCAACGCACCGAGGUGACGGUGCACAGGAGCCCCGCCAUGUCGCCGCAGGACUACAAGGAGUCCGUGGAGCAGCAGGAGGACGCGUAGAACGCUCGCCCCUCGCGUCCGCUGUAAAUAAUUUAUUGUUGUUAC